AUGUCGCAGAACUGGGAUCCUGAUCUCUUGGAAAACCGUCUCCAAACGAUUCUUCUGAAAGCAUUUAAGCAGGGACAAGAAAACACCGUGAAAUCGAUCGAAAAGUCCUCGGGGAAGGAUCCGACUGUCAUUUCAUCCGAAACCUUUAGAGUUGCAUCUGUAAACGCGACACAGAAGGAACGUGGGAAGGCAUCAAAACGUAGUAGCAACGGUGACGGAAAGGCUGGAGCUUCCAAUGUCCAUCCAUUGAAGAAUCCAGACACUUUGACGGUACCUUCUAAGAAUUUUCAGUGGUUCAAACUUCCUCUAGUGGGGCAAGCGCAACCCGUUACAUCUACCAAUGUCCACGAAUCGCUUGCAGCAAAUGCUGUCCCUACCGACGAUCCCAGCGAUACGACAUGGACAAAAUUUCCUGUAGAGGAAUCGGCUGCGUGGCGCGCUUGGAAUCGAUACAAUGAAGUGUAUUCGGAAUCGAAACCACCCACCGAGGAAUUAAAUGCUCCCGAUCAAGAUUUAUUCUUCCAGACCGAGACGUUUGCGACUCUAGUACGUAUGCGCUUGGCCUCUGGUUUAGUCGCGUCGGCGCUUCAAUUAUGCCAUCGCCGUCUUAAUGGUAUAUACCGUGCUGUCCAAAAAGCCAUGCAUCAAAAUGAAACUUUGCAUGUGGUAGUUUGGCGCGAUCAGAUGGCAACCUUGUGGUGCCUCUACGCGCACGUUUGGCUAGAAAUUGGUGAAAUGCUCUCGCCGGUGAACCCCGAUGACCAUAGCGAGACGCCAAACGUUUUUAAGAAUGCUGCUGGCAUCAUUUUAUCAGCAGCGACAACCUGUCCUAUUGUAGGCAACCACGGAUGGCUGUCAAUUGCCUUGGCGCGCCUCGAAGGUAGUAAACACGAAGCCAAAUAUGUUUCCAAAGGUUUGGAUAUACUGUGGGAUGGUCUGGAUCGGGCUCACGUUCGCGCUGUCAAACCGCGUGUCAAAUUGCAUAACUUUUCCAAGUCGAUUUGGCGUUCGUUUCGAAUUCCGUCUACGGUGACUUGGAAAAUUUCGGCGCUGAAACAGGAUCCGCUCGUUCUAGAGAAACUUCGACGUUCGUUCCAGACCGUUGUGAACUUACCCGGUCGCAUCGCGCUCCAGUCAUACGCAAUGGUUGACCACGCGAGUACGCGUAUGCUGGCCGACGAAUUCAAUCGUUGGAACGAUCUACUGGUACGAUCGCACUUUACCGGCCCCGACGAUGUGCUAAUGAGCAGCCCCAACUCAGCCUCGUCUAGCUCCCUUGCCCUACUGGAUUGGAUGCUACCACUGAUAAAUCGCUCGUUACUGCCCGCGGAUGUAGAAAUGGAAUACCGCUAUACAGCAGCGGAGCCACUGUCCGACGCAACGCUGUUUAAGGAGCAAGGCAAAGAUACUGACAAGGAAGAAAAAGGCGAAAGUAGUGGCAAGGUAGGAAACGGCGAACGUGACGCGAAUGAGAAAAAAGGUAAAGAUGUCGAGAAGGAAGCAAAAGGCGAAACUGACGAGAAGGAAACACCAGGCGACACAUAUAUCAAGACUGUGGCGACGGAUACUUUGUCCUUUGGGAAAGACGACAAGGACAAGCUUGGGUUUUCCGAGACUGCAGCCACAAGAGCACCGAAGGGAUCGGAGAAGAGCACGGCCGCACCACCACCAUCAUUCUCGGGCCAGCAAGAGACUCUCUCAAUCCUACCUUCAGCUCUGGUGUCGAGCAGGGAAGCCGAUGUGGUUUCGCCGGAGAAGUCCGCGACUGCCAAUCCGCAGGCGGUGUGGAAGAAGGCACCCCCGAGUUCAUCCCCGCCGCCACCGUGGCAAACAUCGGAUUGCGAGGAAGACAGAUUGGUGGAGGACCCCGACGACGACAAGUUCCAUACACCCACGUUGUCAUUGGAUACUGUGAAAAACACGGCGACCGUGGUGACGUCUGGUGAAUCUAGGAAAAGUCCGUUACGAAAUAGACCCGCAGAGGCUGACCCCUCCAGUUUGACGGUGUGUACCGAAAUCGAACAGGCUUGUCCGCAUUGUCAAAUUUUCGUGCCACCGCAGUGCAUGCACUCACAUCGUCAAGUGUGUGGUCGCUAACUGUAAAUCACGAUUUGGUACCAAUUGCGAUACUCCAACUCGGUGGAGGGAAGCAUAAGCAAAGCCUUACAUACUGUUAG